AUUUUAUUUUGAUGUAAAAACCGGCAAAAUGUUGAAAAAUCUCUCUAAAAUUAAUUUAAAGCUGUGUCAGAGGAUUGUGCGGAGGCUCCACAGUGAGGGGAAUGUCCUGAAGCUCAGAGAACGCGAAAUUAUCCAGGAUGUCUUCCCCAGUACGGCCAGCGACGAAAUGGGGUCAAAGUUCAUGCGGAAGACACAGACGAUUUAUGCUGGCUUCGAUCCCACCGCCGAGAGUCUCCAUGUGGGGAAUUUGUUGGUAAUUAUGGGACUCCUGCAGUGCCAGAGGAGGGGUCACGAACCCAUUGCUCUCCUUGGCGGGGCUACUGGGCUCAUUGGUGAUCCCUCCGGCAGGAGUACGGAGAGAUCAAUGCUGGAGAUGAGCACCGUUGAGAGGAAUCUCGCCGGUAUUGGGAAACAAAUUGAGGGAGUCUUUGAGAAUCACCGGAAGUACUUCCUAAAGGAGGGCAGUGGUGCUGUUGAGAGGCUUCCUCCGCUGAGGAUACUGAAUAAUGCCGAUUGGUACAGUUCUGUGAAGUUGAUUGACUUUAUCUCGACUGUGGGACGUCAUUUCCGUAUGGGAUCAAUGCUCUCCAGGACUUCUGUCCAGUCACGCAUCAACAGUGAAUCCGGGAUGAGUUUUACGGAGUUUACGUACCAAAUCUUUCAGGCCUACGACUGGUUGCAUUUGCUGAAGGAGUACGACUGCCGGUUUCAGCUCGGCGGAAGUGAUCAGAUGGGCAACAUCAUGAGUGGUCACGAAUUAAUUAGCCGAAUGGACAAGAGGAAAGUCUAUGGGAUAACACAGCCCAUUGUAACGAACGAAGAAGGGGAUAAAUACGGGAAAUCCGCUGGGCAGGCCAUCUGGCUGAAUCCCCAGAUGACUUCCCCCUUCUCCUUCUACCAAUUCUUCCUCCGAUCCCGCGAUGCAGACGUUGAGCGUCUCCUGAAACUCUUCACUUUCCUUCCUCUGAGGCAAAUUAAAGAGAUUAUGGAUCGUCACAGAAACACCCCUGAGAUCCGGGAAGCUCAGAAGAAGCUGGCGCAGCAAGUUACAAUCCUCAUUCACGGCCAGGAGGGCCUGGAAACAGCCGAGAGAGUCUCCGAAGCGCUCUACGGAGGAAACAUCACAGCCCUCGGAGAAUUAUCCUACGCCGACGUCAAAACCACCUUCCAAGGAGCUCCCCUUGCGGAGCUGAUCAUGGAACCGGGGAUGACAGUCCUGGAUGUGGCCAUGAGGGCUAAAUGUUUCCCAACAACAGACGAUGCCAUUCGAAUUAUAACGGCCGGGGGCUUCCGGAUUAACCUCCAGAGGACAACAAACAUUUCAGAGGUGCUCUCGCCGGGAAUUCACAUCCUCAAGAAUGGGAUAAGUCUCCUCAGGGUGGGAAAGAGGAAUUAUUACAUUGUAAAGUGGGUGUAAAAUAGA